UCUGGCAGUGCUACUUGUCUGCCGUAUCUGCAUGAUAGUAUCAAACUUUUAAUGACGUUUACAAGUGGUCAACCGAGUUAUCCCUCACGAAAACUCUCAUUUACCGAUCGUUAUUGGCAGUGCUAGCAUGGCUCAGACCACCUGUAAUAAACAGUGCAACAUCACACUCACCUUGUGCGACUUGUUUUCGUUUGUUUUGGUGCUACUCGUUUCCAAUGUUUCAUCGCAAUGGGUAAUAGAGGACGAGGGAUGCCGUACCCCGGACAGAGGACGAGGCGACUGCGUGCCGAUAAAGGAAUGCCAACCCAUUUUGGACUUCAUAACCCAAUCGCCGACGCCCAUAACCCCCAAGGUGCAGGAGAGGCUGAAGCAAUACAUGUGCGGCUACCAGGGUAGGUCGGUGAAGGUGUGCUGCCCGCAGAACCCCCUGGUCUCCGAGCCCCCAGACGUCAGCCGGCACAGGAACGUCAAACUGUUGCCCACCAAGUGCGGGUACGUGGACACCGAAAACAAGAUCAUCAACGGCGAGAAGACCGGAUUGUUCGAGUUCCCCUGGAUGGUGCUCAUUUCGUACAGAACCAAAAACAGCCUGGACUUUCAAUGUGGAGGCACGAUUUUGAACGAACGUUACAUAUUGACGGCUGCACAUUGCAUCAGUGACUACAUCCUGUCACAAAGGAACUCCUCCAUUGCUGGAGUCCGGGUGGGUGACCACAACGUAAACACGGACAGGGACUGCGAAACCAUAAGGAACGUGACCACAUGCGCUCCCCCAUUCCAAGACUUCCGAGUGGAAAAAAUUAUACCACAUCAGAUGUACAAUCCAAACGUGAACCUGAAUUACGACAUCGGCCUGCUCCGACUGGCUGGACGUAUCGACUUGAACAAAGAAAACAUGAGACCUGUAUGUCUCCCACUCGGCUCAUCCAGAACGUACGACUUCGUGAACAACAACAACAAAGGCGUCGUGACUGGAUGGGGAGCCACCACAACCAACCGUAACAGUCCGGAGCUCCUGAAAGUCGUCUUAGAGGUGGUGCCUCUGGAAAGGUGCCAGGAGGUGUAUAAGAGCAAGAACGUGAAGUCGCCGAUAACGUUCAAGCAUUUCUGUGCCGGAGGCAAGAAUUACAGGGACUCGUGCACUGGAGACAGUGGUGGUCCCUUGCACGCCAUCGUGCCGGACGACGACGAGGAUUCGGUUGUCAAAUACGUCCAGCAAGGGAUUGUGUCGUUCGGGCCGAAGAACUGCGGCGCCGAAGGGUUUCCGGGUGUCUACACGAGGAUCGCCUACUACAUGGACUGGAUAUUGAACAACAUCCAGCCCUAGACGACGACAGAAGACUGUAUUACUAGACGAAUCGACCACCAGGACAUGGGGACAACGUUUUAAAAAAUGUGAAAUUUAAGGAAUGUAUGGAGCAAAGAGUGUUUGUUAUAACUUAUAACUUAUAAGUAGGUUGUGAUAUUCGAACUGCUAUUCGAUAAUUCUUAUAUGUAUUCUUUAAAAUCGUAGUUUUUUUGUAAGUUAUUUUUUUUACCUUUUAAUUAAUAGCCAUAAUUAUAUUUUUAUAUAGAAA